GUCUUGUACGAGCUAUUGCCCGUGGUGAAAACUGGGCUGCCGUCCGGGGGGUGCGUUUUCCCAGCCAAACCCGCACGUUGGACGUUGCCCCGGAACAAAUCCUACCGCACGGAUUAGACACCGCCUUUCUGUAGGUACAUAACCAACAUCAUCAUCAGCCAGAAGUGGUCGGCAAAGGUCCAAAUUAUGCUUAUCGGGGCUCAAGUCGCGAAAUUGACCGAAGCCCAUAUCUCGCAUAUGCGCUGUUUGGGGCCUGAAUCUAUUGCCGUCGACAUUAAUUCUCGUAUAGAUGUAAUUAAAAUAGCUUCAGGCUAAGUUGGCGGGGUCCUGGCGAGCGCGACAUAUAGCAUUUCAACUUGAGCUCUCGCUCAAAAUUAUGCCCGAGCACCAUCCAGGGACCUUAUUAUGUGUAAUGGGAUGUCAAUUCAUGGUCGGGGCGACAGUCUGGGCAUAGACCUUGCGAUCCCGCCCUUGACCCCCGGAGUGGUACCCGCGUGACUCAGCCCAGCCGCCGAGUGACACCCGCGUGCCCGCCACUGCUGCUCGAAUGCCAAUAUGCGAGCGACAUCAUACCACUUGUUAAAACGACGCCUUGGCGCUAAUGCAUUACUCGUAAAGUUGAGUCCGUUUGAGCCAAGCAGAUCUUCUGUCGCGGCACGAGCGGCCCUUGGCAAAUGGAGGAACUGGAGAAGUUGCAAAAGGAACUUAGCGGUAUAGGAGCCGAGAUAGUCCAGGUGUUUUUUAAAGCAGAGUCGGCCAAGGAUGCCGAGGACAAGCGAUACUACCGGGAGAAGGAGCUUACGCUGCGAAAGAAAGAGGUCCUGCUCCUCGAAAAGCUCCAAGCGCGCGCCUCGGCGACUGGCCUGGGCGUGGGGAGCGCGACAGGAGCCGGCGCGCUGCCGACUGCUGCUGGUUCUGCAGGCGUUGCAGCUUCCCAGGGCGCGGGGACCGAGGUGGAAGCCGGCCCAGGAGCGUGCCGUCAUGGCCCCAGCGGUGGAGCGGGUGCUGGUGCGGCCGCCCAUCCCCAGCCGCAGCCGCAGCCAGCUGCAUCAGCCGACGCCGUGCUGGCACUCAUGGAGGUCUUCAGUGACGGCUCCAAGUCGUUCGUGGCAACGCUCGUCAUCAUCAGCCCCGACGGAGUCGCUGCCACGGCUCGCCACACGGUGGUGUGGGAGGACGGCCGCAUCCACCCUCGCCGGCUGUGGGUGGCGGACGGUGUGGAGCUGCGACACCUGGCGAGCUUCCCGAAGCUAGACAUGUCCCUGCUACGGCUGAGGAGGCGCCCCGACCGUGGCAGCGGCAGCAGCAACAGCAGCAACAGCAACAGCAACAGCAGCAGCAGCGGCGGCAGCGGCAGCAGCGGUGGCAGUGGCAGCAGUGACGAUGGUGCAGCAGUGCCAACAGGAGACUCGUGGCCGUUUCUGGAGAUCGCGCCGAAGUCGUACUUCAAGCCAGAUGCGAGAUUAACGGUCCACAGCUUCCCGGCCGUGGCGCAGAGGCUGGGGCUGACGGAGUCCGGUCCGGUUAUAUCACACGGGCGCCUGGCGCACUGCUCUGACAAGCAGCUCGUGUGCGUCGCGGAUUACAUGGGGUUUCCUGGCUCGUCUGGUGGCGCCGUGACGUGUGGCGGCAAGUUCAUGGGCACCCACAUCGAAGCAAUCUCACACGAUAACCGCGGCGGCACGAGCCAGCCGGAUGUGGCCGCCACGGUUGAGGCGCCCGUGUGCGAGCGGGGAACGGAGCUGGAGGAGUUCGACGAGCCGGUGGAGCGCCCGGCGGCGGCCGCGGCAAUCGCUGCAGGCGGGCCGAUGGCCGUGGCUGAGGGCACGGCGGCACAGGAGGCGAGUGCUGUAGCGGUCGGGGCUCUCACGGCGCGGGUUGACGCGCUGGAGGUGAACGAGGCCCACAAGGGCGCGCUGUCCUUGUUCACGCCGUGGCACGUCGUUGAGAUGGGGCUUAAGCUGGCGGGCAUCCCGCCGCCGCAGAGCGGCCAGGCGCAAGUUAUGUCUGCCUUGGAGACGGCAGCAGCGCUAGCGGGUGGGGGUGAGGGGAACCGUAAGCGCCUGCGGGGGCGCUAGAUGGUUAAGUGUAUUAUGUCACUGGGCCUAUCAUUUGGCGCACGUUUACAUAAGAGACGCACAUGGGACUUUGAGAUGGGGGAGGAUGUCUCGUGCGUGUAUUUCGAGGUUGUCGGCCGCCAUGGACCAAUGACGCACGGCGCUUGGCAUUGCAUGGAAGUUGUGUGGGCGCAGAACCGGCUGGCUCAGUACUACGGAAAAUGGUAACGGGGACUGCAAAGUAAUUUCUGCUUGAGUGCAAAGCGGCAAACGCCCCCCAUUGAGGCUGCUGCUGUGUGGGGGGGGGGCGCUAGAUGGUUAAGUGUAUUAUGUCACUGGGCCUAUCAUUUGGCGCACGUUUACAUAAGAGACGCACAUGGGACUUUGAGAUGGGGGAGGAUGUCUCGUGCGUGUAUUUCGAGGUUGUCGGCCGCCAUGGACCAAUGACGCACGGCGCUUGGCAUUGCAUGGAAGUUGUGUGGGCGCAGAACCGGCUGGCUCAGUACUACGGAAAAUGGUAACGGGGACUGCAAAGUAAUUUCUGCUUGAGUGCAAAGCGGCAAACGCCCCCCAUUGAGGCUGCUGCUGUGUGGGGGGGGGCGCUAGAUGGUUAAGUGUAUUAUGUCACUGGGCCUAUCAUUUGGCGCACGUUUACAUAAGAGACGCACAUGGGACUUUGAGAUGGGGGAGGAUGUCUCGUGCGUGUAUUUCGAGGUUGUCGGCCGCCAUGGACCAAUGACGCACGGCGCUUGGCAUUGCAUGGAAGUUGUGUGGGCGCAGAACCGGCUGGCUCAGUACUACGGAAAAUGGUAACGGGGACUGCAAAGUAAUUUCUGCUUGAGUGCAAAGCGGCAAACGCCCCCCAUUGAGGCUGCUGCUGUGUGGGGGGGGGGCGCUAGAUGGUUAAGUGUAUUAUGUCACUGGGCCUAUCAUUUGGCGCACGUUUACAUAAGAGACGCACAUGGGACUUUGAGAUGGGGGAGAAUGUCUCGUGCGUGUAUUUCGAGGUUGUCGGCCGCCAUGGACCAAUGACGCACGGCGCUUGGCAUUGCAUGGAAGUUGUGUGGGCGCAGAACCGGCUGGCUCAGUACUACGGAAAAUGGUAACGGGGACUGGUAACGGGGACUGCAAAGUAAUUUCUGCUUGAGUGCAAAGCGGCAAACGCCCCCCAUUGAGGCUGCUGCUGUGUGUGUGGGAAAAAAUAGCAUACAGAAGACAGUGCGUGCGGUGCAGUGACGGACGGUCGCGAGUUACCUGGCGUACAUUACCGCGGUGCUGUGUGUGUGUGUGUGUGUUGCACAACGAAAGGGAGAGAAUUCCCGUCGCUCGGCGUUACUUACCAAUACCUACCAAAUACCGCGUCGGUGUAGCCUCGGUAGUCAUACUUACCCGCAAAAGCCUGUGACCGGGCGUUCGCAAGGCAAACUGACCCCGGUGUGCACCCGUAUGCGUCCAUGCGCCGCGCCGAAACGCGCUAUCAACGUUUACCCAGCACGCCUAAUGUCCUGAAU